AUGUGUUACUAUUUCAGCCACAGUGUUAACUGGUAUGUCUGUGAUCAACUCACAGCCACUGAGGAGCUGAUAGAGUACCACCUGGAGGAUAUUCUAAGCAACAACAGUCAGGCAGUCACAACGGCCCUGCAGACUGAGCUGAAGAACACACUGAAAGCUGAACAUCACAGAAAGAAGGGCAAAGAGAAGUUGGGUUCAGGCCUUCAGGUGAUUCUCAGUUCGUCGAUCUGUAUUGUGAGCUGCAGUAGUAACAUGGACUUCAGAAAUGCCUGUCUGAACAGCAUGAAGGUGCGUGACACUCAUGAAUUGUCGGCCUCUCUUUGUGAGUCUCUGAGGAGUGUGACAUCAUGGAAAUUCACUCCAAAGAGCAGGUGCUACUCUGCUCAGAUGGAAGAACAGCCUGAGGGUGAUGGUCCCACCGGAGCAGAACCAGAAAUCUGAGACUGUCUGUUUGUCUUUAAAUAGAUCUGAGCUACUGCUGUGGAAGCCGUUAACAGUAGAGAGAAUAUCCAUACAUUUAAAUGUGUGUGUGUGUCACCAGUGCAUGUUUAUAUAUGCUCUGGUGAUAGAAAGAACUACUUAUUUAAACGUUAUUUAUCAAAACACUUUGUUAGAGAAUGGAGAUGAAUAUCAGGGUGCAACUAAUGAAUAUUUUCAGUAUCAAUGAAAAUCCUGCUGUACCAGAUGGCAUCUAGUUUUGUUUAAACAAUACCCCAAGAUCCAUGACUUUUAGUUAAUAGGUAUAUUCAUUGUUUGUAAACUUGACAGAAGUUGUGAACAUAUUUAGAUUAAAUUAUUUGACCAAUGUUUGAGGCCUGGUUAUCUUUAUCGAACUAAAAUGUUAGA